UUCAAAUUUUGCAGCAUUAAUACUUUUCGCCCUGCCUUUUCCCUUUCCUUUGCGUCAUCAUGUCACACGUAACACUAGAAAGACUUCACUUGAAAAUGAAUUGGUUAUCAUCUUGUCAACAAACCAAUCUUUAAGUUGAGUAGACUAGAUUAUACACCACAAACUUGUUGAUUUUGUUUGGUAUUUGCAUCAAUUAGCACGCACAUGGGAAGACUUCGAUCACUAAGUUGUCUCAAUGGAAUUUGAUAAAAUGAAAAUGAUGAGGACAAACCCACAAAAAUAAAAUGGAGAACCAUAAUAUGGCGCUAAUGCUAAUAGUGUUUGCUUUCUUGUUUUUCUCCGUGUCCACUUCCUCUAAACAGAAUACUCUUACUUCAAAUAAGUUUAUCCAAUAUAAUGAAACUCUCGUUUCUGCAGAUGGAACCUUUGAAGCAGGGUUUUUCGAUUUUGGAGAUCCACAACGCCAAUACUUUGGUAUAUGGUACAAAAGCAUAUUACCUAAGACUAUUGUGUGGGUGGCCAAUAGAGAGACACCAGUACAAAACUCAACGGCAAUGUUGAAACUCACUGAUCAGGGAAGUCUUGUUAUUCUUGAUGGCUCCAAACGCACUAUCUGGAAUUCUAAUUCAUCAGGAAUUGGAGUGAAACCAGUUGUUCAGCUUUUGAAUUCAGGAAAUCUUGUUCUGAAAGAUGGAAACAACACGCAGAACUUUUUGUGGGAAAGUUUUGAUUAUCCUGGUAACACUUUCCUUGCUGGAAUGAAGCUCAAAAGUAAUUUAGUUACUGGUCCAUAUAGAUAUCUCACAUCUUGGAGAAACCCUGAAGAUCCUUCUGAAGGUGAGUAUUCGUAUAGGAUAGAUACACAUGGUUUUCCUCAACUGGUUACUGCAAAGGGAACACGAUUUUUGUAUAGAGCAGGGUCAUGGAAUGGAUUUCUUUUCACUGGUGUUUCUUGGCAAAGAAUGCAUAGAGUCUUGAAUUUCUCUGUAGUAUUUACCGACAAAGAAGUCUCUUAUCAAUAUGAAACUUUGAAUAGUUCAGUUAUUACUAGAGUGGUGCUUGAUCCAUACGGAACUUCACAACGUUUUCAAUGGUCAGAUAGGACACAAAAUUGGGAGGCUAUAGCUAAUCGUCCUGCAGACCCAUGUGAUGAUUAUGAAUUGUGCGGUGUUGACUCUUACUGCAAUAUUGAUAAUGUUCCAAUAUGUGAAUGUUUGGAAGGUUUCGUUCCAAAAUUUCAACCAAAGUGGGAGUCAUCAGAUUGGUCUGGUGGUUGUGUAAGGAAAACACAUUUAAAUUGUAUCCAUGGAGAUGGAUUUUUACCGUACACAAACAUGAAGUUACCAGAUACAUCAGCAUCUUGGUUUGACAAGAGCAUGACCCUUAAGGAAUGUAAGACAAUGUGUUUGAAAAACUGUUCUUGCACUGCAUAUGCAAAUUUGGAUAUUAGAGAUGGUGGGAGUGGCUGCUUACAAUGGUUUAACAACAUUGUGGACAUGAGAAAACAUCCAGACCAAGGACAAGACAUUUACAUACGGCUCGCAUCUUCAGAACUUGAUCAUAAAAAGAAUAAGCGGAACUUGAAGCUUGCUGGGACUCUUGCAGGGGUUAUUGCAUUCAUUAUAGGACUAACCAUUCUUGUACUGGUCACAUCAGUAUAUAGAAAGAAACUUGUGUAUAUAAAAAAGUUAUUUCACUGGAAGCACAAGAAGGAGAAGGAAGAUGGUGACUUGGCAACAAUAUUUGAAUUUUCAACCAUCACUAAUGCAACAAAUAACUUCUCAAUCAGAAACAAGUUGGGAGAAGGUGGUUUUGGACCAGUGUACAAGGGCAUAUUGGCAGAUGGACAAGAGAUUGCUGUUAAGAGGCUUUCUAAAACAUCGGGACAAGGAAUCGAGGAGUUCAAAAAUGAAGUAAAGUUGAUGGCAACACUUCAACACCGUAAUCUUGUAAAACUUCUUGGUUGUUCUAUUCAACAAGAUGAAAAAAUGUUGAUCUACGAAUUCAUGCCCAACAGAAGCUUGGAUUACUUCAUUUUUGAUACUAUGCGAAGCAAAUUACUAGAUUGGACAAAGCGUUUGGAAAUUAUUGAUGGGAUUGCUCGGGGUCUGCUAUAUCUGCAUCAAGAUUCUACACUAAGAAUCAUACAUAGAGAUCUCAAGACAAGCAAUAUUCUUCUUGAUAUUGAUAUGAUCCCAAAGAUAUCAGAUUUUGGUUUAGCCAGAUCAUUUAUGGGAGACCAAGCUGAGGCUAAUACAAAUAGAGUCAUGGGAACAUAUGGAUACAUGCCUCCAGAAUAUGCAGUGCAUGGAUAUUUCUCAAUAAAAUCUGAUGUUUUUAGCUUUGGAGUUGUUGUUCUUGAGAUAAUUAGUGGUAAGAAGAAUCGGGGAUUUUGUGACCCUCUACAUCAUCUAAACCUUCUUGGUCAUGCAUGGAGACUGUGGAUUGAAGAAAGACCAGAGGAGUUGAUAGCCGACAUAUUAUAUGAUGAGGCGAUAUGUUCAGAAAUAAUAAGAUUUAUUCAUGUAGGUCUAUUGUGUGUACAACAGCAACCAGAAAAUAGGCCUAACAUGUCAUCUGUGGUUUUUAUGUUGAAGGGUGAAAAGUUACUCCCAAAACCAAGUGAACCAGGGUUCUACGCAGGAAAAAAUAUUAACACAAUCAGCGCAGGAUCUUCUUCAAAAGAGUGUUCAAAUGAAGCUUCAAUCUCAUUGUUAGAGAAGCUAAUAACCAAACACACACACACAAUGCAAACAUACAAGGUUCUCAUGCUAAUGUUUCACACUUUCUUCUUCUGUAUCAUUCCAAUUUUAUCUAUACAAUAUGAAACUUUUUCCACUAUUACACCAAAUCAUUCUAUCCAAGGUAAUCAAACUUUAGUGUCUUCAGCUGGAACUUUUGAAGCUGGAUUCUUCAACUUUGCAAAUUCAAAACUCCAAUACUUUGGUAUAUGGUACAAAACAAUAUCACCUAAAGUCUAUGUUUGGAUUGCCAAUCGAGAUUCUCCAAUACAAAACUCAACACCAAUUCUAAAACUAACAUAUCAAGGUACUCUUACUAUUUUUGAUGAUUCUGGAACCAUUAUAUGGUCCUCCAAUGCAUCAACAAUUGCGGUGAAACCGGUCUUGUCGCUUUUAGAUUCAGGAAACCUUGUUGUGAAAGAUGGAGAGAGAAAUCUGUGGGAAAGUUUUGAUUACCCUGGUGACACUUUCCUUGCAGGAAUGAAACUCAAGACAAGUUUACUAAAUGGUCCUUAUAUGUCUCUUACAUCUUGGAAAACUGUUGAAGAUCCUUCUUUAGGUGAGUUUUCUUAUCACAUAGAUUUUCAUGGAUUUCCUCAAUUAGUUACUACAAAGGGAGAAAAUUUAUAUAGUAGGGGAGGAGCAUGGAAUGGUUAUGCUUUUGGUGGAGUUUCAUGGCUAAGGAAUCUUAAGUUGUUCAAAUUUUCUCUAGUUUUCACUGAUAUGGAAGUUUCUUAUGAUUAUGAAACAUUGAAAAAAGAAACUAUUACUAGAUUAUGGCUUAGUCCAACAGGUUCUUCACAGAGAUUGGUAUGGUCAGAGAGGAGAAAAGAUUGGGAUACUAUAUCGACUCGUCCGAUGGAUGCGUGUGCAUAUUAUUCAAGUUGUGGUGCUAAUUCUAUCUGCAAUAUCACAAACUCUCCAAGAAUAUGUCAAUGCAUGGAAGGUUUUGUACCUAAGUAUUAUGAAAAGUGGAAUUCUUUGGAUUGGUCUGGUGGAUGUGUUAGAAGAAUAAGGUUAAAUUGUAUUGGUGAUGGAUUUCUAAAGCACUCAGGAGUAGAGUUGCCAGAUACCUCCUCUUCCUGGUUUAACAAUAGCUCGAGCCUCGAAGAAUGUGAGAAAAUAUGUUUGAAAAAUUGCUCCUGUACAGCAUAUGCAAGUUUAGAUAUUAAAAGCAACAGUGGCUGCUUGCUUUGGUUUGGUAAGAUAAGGGACUUGACAAAACAUAUAGACCAAGGACAAGAUAUUUUCAUAAGACUUGCAGCUUCAGAGUUAGGUCAUAAGAGGAACAAUUGGAGCUUUAAAAACAAGAAGCUUGCAGGGGCACUAGGAUCGGGGGGAAUCAUUUUAUUCAUUAUGAUUCUUGGAGUGGCCACAUUUACAUAUAUAAAGAGAAAGAAGCUUGCAAAGCCAGGGAUGCUAAAAAUAUUUUAUAGGAAGCACAAAAGAGACAAGGAAGAUGUGCAGUUAUCAACAAUAUUUGGUUUUUCAACCAUAUCUAAUGCCACAAAUCACUUUUCAGACGAUAACAAGAUAGGAAAAGGUGGUUUUGGACCGGUAUACAAGGGCGUAUUGGAAGAUGGACUAGAGAUUGCAGUCAAGAGGCUAUCAGAAACAUCAGAACAAGGAGAAGAACAGUUCAAAAAUGAAGUCAUGUUGAUGGCGAAGCUUCAGCAUCGCAAUCUUGUAAAACUUCUUGGUUGUUCAAUUUACCAAAAUGAAAAGCUCUUGAUCUAUGAAUUGAUGCCCAACAGAAGCUUGGAUUAUUUCAUUUUUGAUUCAACGCGAAAGAAACAACUAGAUUUGAAAAAAAGAUUCCAAAUUAUUGAUGGGAUUGCUCGAGGUCUGCUCUAUCUUCAUCAAGACUCUAGAUUAAGAAUCAUCCAUAGAGACCUCAAAACAAGUAAUAUUCUUCUUGAUAAUGACAUGAAUCCAAGGAUAUCGGAUUUUGGUCUGGCUAGAACAUUUAAAGGAGAUCAAGAUGAGUCUAACACAAAUAGAUUGAUGGGAACAUAUGGUUAUAUGCCACCUGAAUAUGCGGUGCAUGGAUGUUUUUCAAUCAAAUCUGAUGUUUUUAGCUUUGGCGUAAUUGUUCUCGAGAUAAUUAGUGGGAGAAGGAUUCGAAAUUUUUAUAACCCACAUCAUCAUCUUAAUCUUCUUGGUCAUGCAUGGAGACUAUGGAAUGAAGAAAAGGCACAAGAUCUCAUAGAUGAUAUAUUCCAUGGUGCAACUAUUCCAUGUGAAAUAUUGAAAUGUAUUCAUGUUGGUCUAUUAUGUGUUCAACAAAUACCAGAACAUAGACCAAACAUGUCAUCUGUGGUCUUAAUGUUGAAUGGUGAAAAACUGUUGCCUGAUCCUAGCCAACCUGGGUUCUAUACUGCAACAGCUCAUCAUCCAAUUCAGGUAGAAUCUUCUUCAAGAAGUUAUGGAGACUGUUCACAAAAUGAAGCUUCUAUGUCAUUGUUAGAGCCACGAUAGAAUAUCAUUGUGUAUUUUGUUAAUACUUGAUAGUGCUACUAGGAUUAAAAGGUGCAUUUGGAGAAACUUAUUUGAACUUAUCUUAUGACAGAAGUGAUUGUAUAAGUGUUUGUGAAAGCUUAUGAGAGCUUAUCAUAUUUUUAUCAAUGAUUGAUCAAAUACCUUUUAUGCAGUCACUAUUUGACUGGGAAUCUCUUCGAAUUGUUUCUACUUUGGCCUCUA